AUGGCGCUCACAACGCUGCAGUCGCAGCUCACCAUCGCCCGGGAGUCGGCGGUGCUGGGCGACUACGCCGGGGCGCUCGUGUACUUCGACGGCGUGCUGGCGCUGCUGAACAAGCACAUCCGCGCCUGCUCUGAUCCCUACAUGAAAGGACUCUGGCACAACUGCAAGAAGGACGUCCAGUCGGAGGCAGCCGUCAUCCGCGACAUCGAACGCGAGCUCAUGAACCUCCGCGGCCACGCAAACGGCGACGAGCGCCUCGUCGGCGCAGCCAACCUCCCGCUCUCCAGCGCAGUGGACGACGAGGACCCGGACGUGUGGCGCCCGCCUUCCCGCCACACGAACGCCCGGACGCCCCCGCCGCGGGAGCUCCGGCAUGGCGGCGGGUUCGCGAUGGAGUACCCUUCCCGGCGCGUGCGCGCGAACUCGAGCAACACCGCCGCCAACGCGCCGCCGCAGCGUGUCAACGCCGGCCGCCCGCGCGCCCGCACCCCGCCCCGCGGCGGCGCCGGCAACUUCGCCGCGCCCACCGCCGCCAGCGCCAACCGCGACCGCCAGCGCCCCGCGCCCCCGACAGGGAACCGCCGCGGCGGCCCGCCCGGGUCCGCGCCGGACCCCAACCGCCACGGUCCGGGCGCGCGCGGCCCCGGCGGCCCCCCCGGGCACCACCCCGACGGACACCCUGACCUGGCGUCGAUGUUUCAGGGGCCGGACCACGAGCUCGCGCAGAUGCUGGAGCGCGACGUGCUCGACCGGUCCCCCGGCGUGCGCUGGGACGACAUCGCGGGUCUGCGCGAGGCCAAGCGUCUGCUCGAGGAGGCCGUCGUGCUCCCGAUUCUCAUGCCGGAUUACUUCCAGGGGAUCCGGAGGCCGUGGAAGGGCGUGAUGAUGUUCGGGCCGCCCGGGACGGGCAAGACGAUGCUCGCGAAGGCCGUGGCGACGGAGUGCGGCACGACGUUCUUCAACGUCUCCAGCGCGACGCUCGCGAGCAAGUACCGCGGCGAGAGCGAGCGCAUGGUGCGCAUCCUGUUCGAGAUGGCGCGGGCGUGCGCGCCGUCGACGAUCUUCAUCGACGAGAUCGACUCGCUGUGCACCUCGCGCGGCGCGUCCGGCGAGCACGAGGCGUCCCGGCGCGUCAAGACGGAGUUCCUGGUGCAGAUCGACGGCGCGAGUGCCGCCGAGGGGGAGAACGGGGAGCGGAAGAUCGUCAUGGUGCUGGCGGCGACGAACUUCCCGUGGGACCUCGACGAGGCGCUGCGGCGGCGGCUCGAGAAGCGCGUGUACAUCCCGCUCCCGGGGCGCCCCGAGCGCGAGGAGCUCUUCCGCAUCAACUUGCGGAGCGUCGAGGUCGAGGAGAACGUGGACUUCGCGGUGCUGGCGUCGGAGACGGAGGGCUACAGCGGCGACGACAUCACGAACAUCUGCCGCGACGCGAGCCUGAACGGGAUGCGCCGCAAGGUGGCGGGGUUGACGCCGGCCGAGAUUCGCGCCAUGACGUCCGCCGACGUGGCCGACCCGAUCUCGAUGGAGGACUUCCGGCAGGCCAUCUCGAAGAUCUCGCCGUCCGUGGGGAAGGACGACAUCAAGCGGCACGAGACCUACCUCGCCGAGUUCGGUUCCUCGUGA